UUCUUUACACUGGAUAUGGCCGCCUCUCUCGUUAGCACGCGCCGGAUCGCAGAGAGAGAGAGAGAGAGAGAGAGAGAGGGAGAGGGAGGACUUCCUCCUCCGUGCGCGCACGUCACACAGUCGUCGGUCGGCGUCCCGGGAAGGCGAACGCGAUUCCUCUGCAACCGAGAAGAACCGAGAGAGCGAGAUAGAAUAAAGGGUUGAAAAUUGAGAGAGAGUGAUUAUGGGGAAGGCAGUGAUUGGGCUCUCGUGGGAGCCAAAGCUGCGGGCUUUAACAUCUGCGGUUGCCUCCGCGAGCAGUAGCGGUUCCGGGUCGGACCCUAAACUCGAGAAGAAGCAACCGGGGAUUGAAAGUGGGGUUCUUUGGAAGCCGAGGUCGGAGCUGAUUGAUGGGCUCUUUGUACCGCCCAACAAUCCCAAGAAGCUGAAUAAACUCCUGAGGAAGCAAGUCAAGGACACCGCUGGUUCUAGCUGGUUCGAUAUGCCUGCCCAAACUAUUACGCCGGAAUUGAAGAAAGAUCUGCAGUUACUAAAGUUAAGGAGUGUCAUUGACCCGAAGAGACAUUACAAAAAAGGCGACUCAAAAUCCAAGACUUUGCCCAAGUAUUUCCAGGUUGGCACGGUGAUAGAGUCUGCAACGGAGUUUUACAGUGGUAGACUGACUAAGAAGGAGAGGAAGGCGACACUUGCGGAUGAGCUGCUUUCAGAUCACAACCUCAGGGACUACAGGAAGCGCAAGGUUCAGGAGAUAGAAGGGGAGAACAGGCCUGCUGGAAAUGAGAAAUGGAAGAUAAAAGGUCGCCAAUCAAUGAGGCGUGCUAAGCAGCGGAGGCACUGAAUUUAAUGAACAUGUAGUAGGACGUUUUUCGGUCAGAAACCAGAAAGGAGAGGACUGUCACAUGCGCGGCAUUAGAGCUGAUUGAUAAAUUCUUGAGAGAAAUUUUUCCUCUAGUAAAUUGUAUUGAAUUGGACUCAGUUUCUGAGAAAUAGUUUUGGCUGUCGUAAGAAACACGAAGGUCUAUGUUGAGGACUAUUUUACUCUUGACUGU